AUGGCAACCUACCUGAACCGCACACUGUCGAUGGUAACCGGCAACGGAAACGCCUCCAUGUACGAAACGGCCGCCCUAAUCGAUCCGAACGCACGGACGCUGCACAACAACGCGACGGACGUGUCACCGCUUCAGAUCUUCGUACGAGCCAAAAAGAAGAUCAAUGAUAUCUUCGUCGAGAUCAAUGAUUACGUUGUCGAAACGACCGGGUUCAUCGAAGAACUCCCCGCAGCGACCGAAAUCGUGGACAAAGCGGAAGCAGAACAGUUCAAAAGCUAUGUGCUCAAGGUGCGAGGAAUCAGGGAGGUGCUGGCAAGAGAUAACAUGAAGGUGGCGUUCUUCGGACGUACAUCCAAUGGCAAAAGCUCGGUCAUAAAUGCCAUGUUACGCGAUAAAAUACUUCCGAGUGGUAUUGGGCAUACGACUAACUGCUUCUGCCAGGUGGAAGGAAUCGAUGGACAAGAGGCGUACCUGGUGAAGGAGGGAAGUGACGAGAAGCUGAACGUAACGUCAGUGAAACAAUUGGCAAAUGCACUGUGUCAGGAGAAGCUGUGCGAGAGCUCGUUGGUGCGAAUAUACUGGCCACGCGAACGCUGCAGCUUGUUGCGGGAUGAUGUUGUGUUUGUUGAUUCACCCGGCGUGGACGUAUCGCCUAAUCUCGACGAUUGGAUUGAUAACCACUGCUUGAAUGCAGACGUUUUUGUGCUGGUGCUAAAUGCUGAGUCUACAAUGACUUUAGCGGAAAAAUCCUUCUUUCAUGAAGUGUCGACACGGCUAUCGAAACCGAACAUUUUUGUGCUAAAUAACCGAUGGGAUGCUUCGGCGUCGGAGCCCGAAUUUCAAGAAUCGAUGGAUCUGGAAAAGGUUAAAGCUCAACACCAGGAACGUUGUAUAGAUUUCCUAGUCAAGGAACUGAAGGUAGCUACACCGAAAGAGGCCGAAGAGCGCGUAUUUUUCGUGUCGGCACGCGAAACACUUCAGGCACGGCUGAAGGAACAGGAGGGUCUUCCACCGAUCGCUGGUGCACUUGCGGACGGUUUUCAAAAUCGGUACUUUGAGUUUCAGGACUUUGAGCGCAAGUUUGAAGAAUGCAUUUCGAAGAGUGCAGUACGGACCAAGUUCGAACAGCACAGCUCGCGGGGCAAAAACAUUGCGAGUGAUAUGCGCAUGAUGCUGGACAGCAUCUACGAGCGGGCGAACGUGUUGCGCAACCAGAAGCUCGAACAGAAGAAACGGCUGACGGACCGUAUUGCGAACACGGAAACCUCACUGAUGCAAGUAACGCGCGAGAUGAAGAUGAAAAUUCACACUAUGGUCGAAGAGGUUGAACAAAAGGUGGCGAAAGCAUUAAACGAAGAAAUCUGGCGGUUGAACGUGCUGGUGGACGAGUUUAAUCUGCCGUUCCACACGGAUCCGCUCGUACUGAAUGUGUACAAGAAAGAAAUCAAUGCGCACGUCGAGAAUGGGUUGGGAUCGAACUUACGCGCACGGCUUAGCACGGCACUGGCGAUGAAUGUCGAAACUGCGCAGCGGGAAAUGACGGGCCGCAUGACGGCGUUGCUACCCUCGGAAAAGAUGACUGCCCAGCAGCAUCAAGUGAUCGUUCGUACCCAACCCUUUGAGAUGCUAUAUACGCUCAAUUGCCAGAAUCUGUGUGCUGAUUUCCAGGAGGAUCUAGAAUUCCGAUUCUCCUGGGGUAUUCGGGCCAUGAUUGCACGAUUUAAUGGUAAAAUUAGAGCGAACAAUCGGAAAGCAAUCAAGUAUCAGCGACAGGACAGCAGAACGAAUAUGUCGCAGGUUCUUUCUCCAACCUCACCGAUGUGUCUUAUGCCUGAAAACGAGCUGAUAACGAACGAGCAAUUGUCGGUGAUUUCAAAGGUGGCCAUUGCCUCGAUAGGAUCGCAGGGAACACUCGGACUAGUGGUGGCUGGUUUGAUGUUAAAAACCAUCGGGUGGCGAGUAAUAGUCGGUGCAGGUGUAAUAUAUGGCAGCGUUUACCUAUACGAACGAUUGUCCUGGACCAACACGGCAAAGGAACGCAAUUUUAAGAACCAAUACGUAGAACACGCAACGCGCAAGCUGAAGCUGAUCGUCGAUUUGACCUCGGCCAACUGUAGCCAUCAAGUGCAACAGGAACUGUCCAGUACAUUUGCGCGCUUAUGCCGCGUAGUGGAUACCGCCAGCACGGAGAUGAACGAAGAACUGAAGCAAAUCGAAAGCUCCCUUGGGGUGAUCGAGACAAAUCAGAAACAGAUCAAGCUACUGAAAAACAAAGCUAACUACAUAAUGAAUGAGCUGGAAAUCUUCGAUAGCAACUACAUCAAAGCGAACUAG